UUCUGAGGUAGAAGGCCAGUGCUUGCUUCCUCUUUUAGAAGGAAUGAUUACAUGUCCUCUGGAGUGGACUGUGUUAGGAUUGGUGGGACGGGUGUAUGCUGCUAUUUUCUGAAUCUCUGUGCUGCUUGGAGUCCAUUUCUGGCAAUCCCUGCCUGCCAUGGGGGGACUGUGGGUUCCCCAGCCUUUCAUCACCACCAACUCUGUGCUGCUGUGGGUAGCACUAUUGUGUCUAGCUCCAGCCAUCAGGAGUAACGGUCCUCCACAGGCAAUUCUGACCCUGGAACCCCCAUGGUUCAAUGUGCUCCGAGAUGACAAUGUGACUUUGACUUGUGAAGGCUUCCAGACCCCUGGACAGGAUAGCAUCGAAUGGUUCCACAAUGGGACAGUUUUCCCCAACCAUAAGGACUCCUAUACCAUCCCAGCUGUUAGUUUCACCGACAGUGGACAUUAUCAGUGCCGGACAAAACAAACUGCCCUCAGCAACUCUGUGAAAUUACAGGUCUUUAAUGAUUGGGUGCUCCUCCAAGUAGAGAGAUUAGAAUUCAAUGAAGGUGAAUCUAUGACCCUGAAGUGUCACAGUUGGAAGAACAAGCCGCUGCACAAAGUUAUAUACUACCACAACAACAAAGCCUUAAAGUAUGAAUAUGAGAGUUUCAACUAUGUUGUUUCUCAAGUGAAUUAUACACACAGUGGAACUUACUUCUGUACAGGGUUCAUAGGACAUUUUAGCCAUCCAUCUGCAGUUGUGAUUAUCAAUGUCCACGGAGGGGCUUCAAGCACCACAAAAGUGGUUAUAAUAGUAUCGGUCCUGUUGAUUGUGAUUGCUAUAAUUGCUGCUGCUCUCCUGUAUUACUACAAAUACAAGAAACCAGCCAAUACUCCUCUUGAGUUAGGAAAGACCGAGGUGGAGAAUUCGAUGUCUUAUUCACUUUUAAAGCACACAGAUAAUCCUGAGGAAGAACUAUCAGGACCCUCACCAUAAUCACUAAGAGUCAUGAUCAUCUCUGUCCUUCCUGCAGCGGCCCUAACAUGCUUGUUCCCACAAGCACUAGGUUGAGGGACCUGGUGGAUCUAAGACUGGAGACCAGCAUCCUCCUGAGCCAACUUUGCCAUUCCAGGAAAAUGGAAUUGAAAAUGUCUUUUGCAAUUGUCUGUAUGAAUCCUAAACUACUUUUAAAGACUUGAAGGCAAUUGACUAUCAGUGUAUUUACACUGCCUGUCUUUGCUGGCAAUAUCUACCCAAUCCAAAUGAUUUUGUACUUUGAAUCACUCUUGCACAGUACUUUGGACAACCCAAAAUAUUGGGGUCCCUUUAAAUGAAUUGCUCUGCUCCCUCCUGAAACUGCUUCCUAACUAGGGCAGGCCUUAGUUGUAGAGGCAGUUUUUUGUUUCCCUUGAUGCUGGAGUGGACGCAGGAGGAGGUUGGGCUUGGAUCCCUUUAGCUGAGCAUGAUCUACAAGGGAUGAAAUAAUGUCUCUGUACCACCAAUCUCUUUGCCCUACUUCUAAAUAGUCUUCACUGUCUUGUGUUAAAAUGGAAGGUCCUAGGGCAGAAAUCACCGGUCCUCAGGUACCUGUUUUGUCAUAACCUGCUUUUUAAAAAUCUGGUGCUUUAUGGAAAUCUCUUCAGUUUUUCACAUUAGUCCUUUCUAACUGUGCUCUUCCUUGAAGCACUAGACAGGCAAAGAUUUAGGAAGCCUGAAGAUGAGGAAAUGCCUCUCAACAAUGUCAUAAGAACCCCAUUGCCAGUGUAGAGUCCUUGGUGCUAAAGGUUUGGGGCUCAAUAUGAAUUUGGCUGUAGUCAGCAGGAGGCAGAUCAGGCAUUCAGGGGAUUAGGGAAGAAGUAUCUGAGAAAGGGGUCAGGGAAUGGCACUUGUGAUCUCUCCUUUCUAGGCAGGCUUUGUUUCCCUAGGUAAGGGCAUCUCAGUGCUCUGUUCUGGUGGGAGUGUAAUCUCUUUGCCCAUGGUAGAUGAAGUGGGUAGGGGGAGGAGGAACAAAGGCAUGAUGGGAUCAGAGGCAGCAUUGUCUUGUAAAAAGAAUAUCGGAGCUACAUGUAAAGAGUUUGAGUUUGAACAGUACUUCUACUUAUUAAUAAUAUGAUGCUGGAUUAGUCAGCUCUGGCUUUGUGGGCCUCAAGUUUCCUAUCUGCCAAAAGAGAAAGUUUUACUUAAUGAUCUCAAUACAAUUCAGUAAUGCUCGUUAAGCAUUUACUGUGCAUCGGGAUACUAUUAUCUCUGGCUUCCCAGCAUACCAAAGCACUUCUUUCCUUCUCCCACUUAGUUCCCCCAGUCCCUCCCUAGGGUUAAGGUUGUGUGUUCUGUAUCCUCUGAAUGUAUGUUUAAUGAACAAAAGUGUUUUUGUUUUUUUUUUAUAAAGACUUCUUAAAGUCAUGUCCUUAAUUUGUUUUAAUGUCUUUGCAGCCAAGCUCUGAAAUCAUACUGUGAUACCUUAGACAAGUCACUUAGCUGACAUUUAUAAAGUGCCUUAAGGUGUGCCAAAUGUUUUGCAUAUAAAAUUUCAUUUGAUCCUAAUGAAAAUAUUAUUCCCAUUUUACAGAUGGGAAAACUGAGGUAUAGAUGGCUGACAAAACUUGCCUAUGUUCACAAUAAGCUAAAAAAUGUCAGAGGCAAGAUUCUAAACUCAUUCACUCCUGACACCAGGAUUCCCUGGGACAAAGGAGAGAAGGGAUGUUUAUUUUGUCUCCUUCCUCACCUUUCACACCAUCUCUCCAGUUCUUUUUCAUCAAGUUCCAAUGCUGCCAUUUAAGACAUCAGUU